GCUCAACAACACCUGGAUUACGAACUUUGGUCACAGACAUUGCGAGGCUUGUUAUGCGAAAGGCCACUCGAUUGCCCCAUUGCUGGUUGUGAUUCCACAUGAUCUGUCCGAUUACCGUCUAACAUUUUCCUUGAUUACCUGAUUAAGCCCCUGCUGCAACGGGAGUGGACUCUGGGAUACCCAGCUUCUCAGAACAGUAAUCGCGAUGCCUUCUGGAUUGGAUCUAUCCCACGAUCCAUCCCACGAUCUAUCCCACCCGGCUAUAGGAGCAGGAGGGGAUCCAUUCGCCCACAGCACGGCUGCAGGAGAUCAAUCCACUAGCCGGCAUGUAUGCCAUUGUGGGAAAGCCUUCAUUCGGAAAGAACAUCUCAGGCGACACCAAGCAACCCAUGGUGAACGCACUUUUGUUUGCACAAUCUGCCAACGGUCGUUCACUCGCAAUGACCUGCUCCGACGCCACUUGACACGGCAUGAUUUGACUUCCGCACCGGAUUCACGCAGGGGGAGAGCUUGCGAUGCUUGUCACGCAAACAAGACGAAAUGCGAUGGAGGCACUCAGUGCUCUCUGUGCUCCAAGCGAGGAAUCAGCUGCACAUAUAGACUUGUCUCUGCCAACGGAAGGGCAAGUGGAAGUCCACCAGGCGCAAAGAGUGACGGACAAUCCUCCACAGAUCCCGCGGUGCUUUCUACACCAUCCACAACAGAGAGAGAUAUUAGAGAAGAUUCUCCAGUACCUGCCCCUGUUGGUGGGUUGAGCCUUGAAACACAACAGGCCCUGGGAAAUAAUCCUGCAGUCAUCGGGUUAGCUCGGUUUGCCAAUGUCCUUGCAUUACGAACCACUACAUUGGAUGACAAUUUCCGGCUUCCUGAAGAUGAUCGACGAUGGUUCGAAACCAGCACAAACGAGUAUUUGGGCCAUUUUCAUGAAAGCUGGCCCAUUAUUCAUGGCCCCACCUUUGAUUCAGCGACACCUCCUCUUUGCAUCGUUGCGACUGUGGCAAUGAUAGGAUCGUGGCUUAAGAACCCGACAGACACGGAGGACGCUGCACUCGAACUCCACAGAAUUCUGAUGGAGAAAUUCCUUGAGGAGCUGUCACAACCUGCCCCUCGUAAUUUGGAUGAGAAGCCUUGGCGGACCGAAUUAUAUCAAGCCAUCGUUCUAAAUAUCAUCUUCGCAUUUUAUCACGGGGGCGAGAAAAUAGUAGCAAGAGCUGUCCUGAUUAAAGGAAUUCUGGUUGCAGUGCUACGAGAGAUUGAAUUUUUUGUUUGUUCAAGCUCUGGAUAUCAACAACGAGCUCAUUUUCCGGGCACAUUCUUGCCCUGGGUACAAACUCUGCGCGAACGUUGGAAGAGAACGAUCGUAUGCUUAUACAAGAUUGAUGCGUACUUGUCAAUUGCCAGAUGGCAACCCCCUACAAUGCACCGAGAGGAACUGGAUGUUGCCCUCCCAUGUACAUUUGCGCUCUGGAAUGCCUGGGGCCUCGACGUCUUCUUCAAGAGGCUAACCCAAGAGCCUGCCGACCGCACGACUUACAAACUCUCUGAAAUCACAAACAACCCAAAUUCACGAGGAAGACCCCUAUUACUAGUCGAAGACGUUCACCUCGCCCUAUGCGGUUUGCUCCCGGGAAUAUGGAACCAUUUACAAAUAACUCGCCGGACCGGAAAAGUUGGACUGGAUUCACUGAGGUCUUUGGCGUGGCACCUCGAAACCUGGAAAGCCGAGAUGGAGAGGAUCUCCCUUCAAUGCAGCCAAAGCUUUCUCACGGAGGAGACGGCAGGGCUCCCAUUUGUGGCGUAUCUGGGAAGGUUUGAUGAGGACCCGGCGCGUGAAAGGCUGGCAGCAACGGUGCACAUCAAAUCACUGCUAUCUGAUUCAUUGAUGGUGUAUCACAUCCAAGGGAUGCAACUCUAUGCCGACGUGCGAACAAUCAACGCUGUUGCGAUGUAUCUGGAUACCCCAACACCAAGCGAGUCCACGGUACCGCCUAGGAUCCAAAACUAUCAAGCUCAGCUUCACGAAUGGGCGGUUACCGCAGAGAGCAGAAGAGCACUGCUUCAUGCCGUCGGGGUCCUUAGGAUGCGCGAGGCCGGCUCCGACGGAAAGGAGCCGCCGAAUCAAAGCAUCGACCCAGUGACGCAACUCGCAAGUGCAUUGAGCGCUCUGGUGGUGUGGGCGUGGAUCAUGUAUGCCGAGGAUGCAUGCAGCUGCAUCCCGAGUCUGGAUCACAUCAACAUCGGGGUUGAUCCACCGGACUUACAAAGCACAACGCGCCUGGAGAACUGGAUUCAUUCGGGCGGCACAGCCGGAAUACACGGCAUCGCUUUCUGUAGAUGCGUUGUGGAUGGGUGGAUGGCUCAAUUCGCGUCUACUCUACCGCAGGGGAACCGCAGAUGGGAACUUGGCGAGGAAAUUGCGCCUAUGCUUCGCGCUUCAUUGAAGACGUCACUGUGAGCUCCCUGGUUGGAGACAUACUACUACUUAUUGUAUAAAGUUGCUUGGAUUGCAUUAUUGAAUGUCGGAGUUUGAUUAUGG